AUGACUACCGACCUCUACUCUGUACCCGCCUCCAACGGCAUCGAAUCAACGAAUCUACUCCGCACCACCGACGAGACUGAUGCCACAGCAACAACUAACAACAACACUCACAACGCAUCCAACGGCAUAAUCCAAAAACUCUCUCAACAACUGGAGAAUGUAACAACAAAAGACAAUGCAGAAGAAGAGGAGCCCCUCUUCUCCCCCUCUCUCAUCUUCCCCGAAAUCCUUUCCAUCCUUCCAGAAGGCUACACAGCCCGACCCCUACGCCGCUCCGACUUUCACCUCGGAUACCUCGACGUACUACGCGUCCUGACCACAGUGGGCGAAAUAUCAGAGUCCAUGUGGAACGAGCGAUACGAAUACCUAUUCAAGCGAAAUGACGAAUAUUACAUGAUCGUCAUUUGCGACGGAACCGGCAAGAUCGUGGGUACAGGCAGUUUGAUUGUUGAGCGGAAAUUUAUUCAUGCCCUGGGACUGGUGGGCCAUAUCGAGGAUAUUGCGGUUGCGCAAGAUCAGCAGGGGAAGAAGUUAGGUUUGAGGAUUAUUCAGACGCUUGAUUAUGUUGCGGAGAAGGUUGGGUGUUAUAAGACUAUUCUCGACUGCUCCGAAGUCAACGAGGGCUUCUAUAUCAAGUGCGGCUUCAAACGUGCUGGUCUCGAGAUGGCGCACUAUUACUGA